AUGUCUACAAAUACCGGCAUGGGAGCAUGCUGCAUGAGUGGCACAAUUCACUCUCAUGCAGAACCAACUGGAACGACAACCACGAUCGGUGACCUCCCCACAUACGUUGCUGAGCCCGAGUCGAAGGACCAUACCAAGACCAUUGUCUUCCUGACCGACAUCUUUGGCUGGGAAUUUCGAAACGUCCGCUUGCUGGCUGAUCUCUAUGCCAAACAAGGCUUUUACGUCCUGGUCCCAGACAUUCUCAGCAGUGACCCUAUCGACCCAUCCUUCCUGCAGAACGUCGAGCCCAAACUCAAGGAUAAGCAGACAGCCGGCCUGAUCGAUACUGUGAAGAACACUGCCCUUGUCGGCGCCACACUAGGCGCAUGGCUACCAAAGCACCGCGAAGCCGUUACCCUCCCAAUCAUCGAGAAAUACAUGGACACUGUUCGUGGUCAACAAGGUGUCAAGAGGAUUGGUGUCGUGGGUUUCUGCUUCGGUGGCCGCUAUGCCAUCUUGAUGGCACAUGGCAAAGCAGAUGCGGCAUAUGCCUGCCAUCCUUCGCUGGUUGGUAUUCCAGGAGAUUUCGACAACGUGACAAAGCCAUUGAGCUUGGCCGUUGGUACUGAGGACAGCUUACUAGACAUGAAGAGCGUGGAUCAGAUCAAGGACAUACUCGAGAAGAAGUCGAAUGUGCCAACAGAGGUUGUCGUGUAUAAGGAUCAAAUUCACGGCUUCGCCUUGAGAGGCGACUAUAGCUCGGACGAGGACAAGAAGGCUCAGGAUGAUGCACUGAAACAGGGUGUCACAUGGUUUAACCAGCAUCUCUCACAUCUAAGCAAUACCCUCUCCUUGUACCGUACUGUGAAACGACUCGGUAUUCCAGACUCUCAGAUCCUUCUCCUUCUCCCAGACGAUAUGGCCUGCAAUCCACGCAACGCCUUCCCCGGCACAGUCUACAGUAACGCAGACAGACACAUGGACCUCUAUGGCGAGAAUGUGGAAGUCGACUAUCGUGGCUACGAGGUGACUGUGGAGAACUUUAUCCGCCUAUUGACAGAUCGCUGGGAAGAGGGUGUACCAAGUAGCAAGAGACUGAUGACGGACGAGGGAAGCAAUAUAUUGAUAUACAUGACUGGACACGGUGGGAACGAGUUCCUCAAGUUCCAAGAUAGCGAGGAGAUCAGUAGCUGGGAUCUCGCAGACGCGUUUUCGCAGAUGCGAGAGAAGAAACGGUACAAUGAGAUGUUAUUCAUGAUCGAUACGUGCCAGGCAAACACGCUGUAUCGACAGUUCUAUGCGGACGGAAUGAUUGCAACAGGAAGCAGUGAAGAGGAUGAGAGCAGUUAUUCCCAUCAUGCGGACAACGAUGUUGGAGUUGCUGUGAUUGAUCGAUGGACAUACUAUGUGCUACAGUUCUUGGAAAACGAGGUUACAAGUUUACAGAGCGAGAAGACACUGGGCGAUCUAUUCGACAGCUACGAUGUGGAAAAGAUCCAUAGCCGGCCUGGUGUCAGAUGGGACCUGUUCCCUGGUGGUGAAGAGGCUGGCAGGAACAGGAGAGUGGUCGACUUCUUCGGUAAUGUACAAGGGGUGGAAGUACAAGAUCAAAACUCGAAGGACAGCCUCAGAGAAGACCUCGAGAGCCUGAUGAGAUUGGUGAAGGACUACGAAGACUUCGCAGCUGCGCAGGAGAAGAAUAAGACGAUGAUGCAUGACGCGAUGUCACAAAGAGGUAUUGUCCAGAAGUUACAAGUUCAGCAACAGAACCAGCAGAAGGCUGUUGGAUCCAUGAGGCUCAAGAAGGAGAAUCUAUCUGUGAGACAGAUCACCGGAGUAGCUCUCCUUGCUGGGCUUGGUGGGCUGUGGUAUUUGGGCAGUAAGGUUGUGAUAUAA